GACCUCAUCCGAUUCCACUUUUCUAACUAGCAAGUCGCGUCCUCUAUCGUGACAUGACUGCAUCUAAACAAGAUAGCUCCCGAAUGUCCGAAAUUCCGCGCAUCAGGAAAGCACGAGGCAAAUAUGGCGUUCGCUCGUGGCUUCAAUGCCGGCGCCGCAAGGCGAAGUGUACCGGCGGUUUUCCAUGCACGCGAUGCAUUUCCCAGAGACAAGACUGCGACUAUCCAACACGUACACCAGUUCCCAGCCUUGAUGGAAUGAGCAAGAACGCUUCGGGCGUCACUCGGAGUGAAGCAUCUGAAGCAUCCAUUGAACUUCUCCAACGCCUUUCGCAAUUGAGCGGCAGCAUGAACGCAUUGGUGUACGACGCUACGCAGAUUCUUCUUGAAAGGCCAAAGGACUCGAAUGAUGUUGCCGGUCAGGUAGGUCAUCACGGGUUACCUUCUGUUGAAGCAUCUGAUGUUGACGACCGAUCCCCGCACAACACCAAUCCUCACUUGAACCUGCACGAGAAAUCCGCAGCUAUUCAAGCAGAUCACAGCGGCCGGGAAUGGCUAGAGGAACGGCUUUCAAGAUGCGGUAUAGAGCUCAACCAAAACGAAUGGCGCCGCUGGUUGCACACGUAUUUUACCGAGAUGCAUAUAUUCUGCCCGUUCCUCCAUCCUCCUGCCGUGUGGCAGACUUUCGAGGAUUUCUGGUCCAAAGACCCUUCAUUAUUUACGUACAGCGCUGGCCAGCACGAAGCUCGGACGUCUCUGGCAAUCGUCUUCCUAUGCAUGGCCAUUGGACGAUGCACUAUAUCACCUCGUUCAAGGCACACAGAAGACCGUCAUUCGUCCGGUUGGAGUCUAUACAUUAUCAGCACUACCUUGCUUUCUGAUCUACUAAACCUGGCAAAAAUGCCUAAGAAACCAUAUCUCGCUGAGGUUCAAGCUUUGCUGUUGUUGACUCUGUACUUCUUUAGACUCAAUAUCAACGACAGAGCUCAAUCACUGAUGGCUCAGAAUAGUAUGAGCGCAAGCAUUCUGGGCAUCAACAAGCCACAAACGCAUGAUACAUUGUCUAUGUUCCAUAGCGAGAUGAGCAUUCGCACACGCUGCUGUUUGUACAUGCUAGAUCGGUUUGUUUCUCUCGAGACUGGACUUCCAUACAUCGUUCCGGGCAAGAACGGUGGCUUGAGAUAUCCAUACGCCCUCUCGGAUGAGUUCCUCGAGACACAUAAAUAUGAUUCCAGACAAAGCCGCCAGAUGAUGUUUGAGAUCCAUGAUGAGCUUGCGAGAUCGUCAGCGACCUCUAUACCGUGGAUGAUCGGGUGCACCACAAUUGCCCGACUGAUUGGUGAGAUCUGGGACUAUCAUGACGGCGCGUGGUUCGAUCAGCACAGUGAAGGUGUCAAACCCUCUGGCCCAGAUUGGGAAAUGCGGCUGCAUAAUGCCGUCCGGACAAUCCCUGCAUCCUUGCUCUACCAAGUCGACAUGGCAUUCGAGGAUCAAUUUGCAGGUUUGGAAUCGUGACAGAAAAAACAAGCGUUGGAUUUCUACAUGUGCACCGAUCCGAAUCCGCAAGAACUAGGACCGCGCCCGACGGACCCGACGAUCUGGACAAGAUAUGUAG